UCAAGAUUGGUCUUCGUGUUCUCACCCGACCAGUUGCCCACCAUUUAUCGAACUCUUGGUGAAAACUACAACGAAAGAGUCCUGCCUUCAAUUAUAAUCCACGAGACUCUGAAAGCUGUUGUUGCUCAAUACAAUGCAAGCCAGCUCAUUACCCAGAGAGAGAGUUACGCGAAAUUACCACCCGAUAAUGUUGAUGAUAUAUUGUCGGGACUUUGCAUAACGCAGAAUGUCAGUAGGGAAAUCAGGAAAAUAUUGACUGAGAGAGCUGCCUUCUUCAACAUUGCACUGGAUGAUGUGUCGAUUACGAGCCUGACCUUUGGAAGGGAAUUCAGUGCCGCCAUAGAAGCUAAGCAGGUAGCUAGCUGCACAAGAAGCGGAGAGAGCCAAAUUUGA